GCUCUCUAAGAUCAUCACCACAGUCUCUGUCUUUGCAACAGUUAUCAGUAGUACUAGCAGUGAUUCAUUCAGCUCAAUGGCACCCGGCAUCAACUCAAUGGCCUUCCUGGUUGUCGCCGUGCUAGUCUUGGCGGCGGCGCCAAUGGCCGUGGUGGCCGGCGACCCGGACAUCCUGACCGACUUCGUGGUGCCCAGGGACUUGCUAGGCGUGCCGCAGAACGUCACCGGCGACUACUUCACCUUCACCGGCUUCCAGGCCGCGCUGAACGCGACCAUGCCGAUGCCGAUGCCGACGCAGAACUUCACGGUGAACAAGGCCACCAUGAUGGAGUUCCCGGCGCUCAACGGGCAGAGCGUCUCCUAUGCCAUGCUCCGGUUCCCCUCCGAGUCCGUGAACCCGACGCACACGCACCCGCGCUCCGCCGAGCUGCUGCUCGUCAUCCAGGGCGCGCUCUCCGUCGGCUUCGUCGACACCACCGGCAAGCUCUACACGCAGGACCUUGACACCGGCGACAUGUUCGUGUUCCCCAAGGGGUUAGUGCAUUACCAGUCGAACCCGGGUCAGGGCCCGGCUGUCGCGCUCUCGGCGUUCGGGAGCGCCGCUGCCGGGACCGUGUCGGUGCCGGUCACCGUCUUCGGCACCGGCGUCGAUGAUGUUGUGCUGGCCAAGUCGUUCAAGACCGACGUGCCCACCGUGCAGAAGCUCAAGGCGGCGCUCACUCCCCCGGCCAAGAAGUAAAUUGAUGUGCUGAAUGCUGAUCUUGUUAAGUUCUUCCUCUUCGACGUGUCGUGUCAAGUCCCCGUGUGCAUGAAUUAAUAAGGCCAGAGACCACAAUUUAUGAUGAAGUAUGAUACAGAGCACCCAUGUGUUUACGUGUUAAUGCACGAGAGUGAAGUACUAUUAAGCUUUGUGAUGUGAGCGUGUGAAAUUUUAUCUGAUUUGGAUGUUAAGAUUGUGCCAUCGAUCGUCUGUUGAA